AUGCGUUCCGCCCUGGUCCUGCUCCAUCUGUCGCUAUGGAUCACGGUGUCGCAUGCCUUCUUCCCUUGGUUUCCGAACUACCGCUGCGACGAAGGCGAUGAUUGCAAGGCAGAAAAGAGGGCACAACUAGAUGGUACGGCCCAAGAUGUCGUCAAUGCCAUUCGGGUCUCUGGGGCUCUCAAGCCUUCGACCUUUCCCAUCGGUCAACGGCGAGGUUUUGAGUCUGAACCAGUAGCCAGGACUGUUUCCAGGCUGCUUCGCAAGUACUCCAGGUACCAGCCUACGCCUCUGGCGGACGAAUCGACCGCAUUGGCCAAGAGGCAAAACGUGUAUCGCGUCAUCGAGCCGGAAAAGACUGAUCAGAAAUACGGUGCCGGUAUCUGGCAGGAUGGCUCAGACUUCUCCUACUUCGUUCAGGCCAAGCUUGGAUCAGAGGGCAAGGAGCUGUACAUGCUCGUCGAUACCGGUGCGGGUACGUCUUGGGUUAUGGGCUCUGACUGUGCUUCGCCGGCCUGCGGUCUCCACAACUCGUUUGGUCCUGACGAUUCGAAGACAUUCGAGCGCGUCGACGAGCACUAUUCAGUCAAAUACGGAUCAGGUUCCGUCAAGGGCUCCAAGGUCACGGAUACGAUCAACGUUGCGGGCAUGAACCUGAAGUUCAAGUUUGGCGUUGCCAACGAGACAUCCGAUGAUUUCAACCACUUUCCCUUCGACGGGAUACUCGGCCUGUCUCUCUCUGGUGGCGAAUCAGAUAACUUUAUGAGCAUCGUUGCAGAUUCCAAGACGCUCGACAAGAACAUCUUUUGCGUCUUCAUCAACAGGGCAGCCGAUGGGCCCAACACCGGAGAGCUAAGCUUCGGCACUUGCAACAACGACAAAUAUACCGGCGACUUCACGUACACUGAUGUGGGCUCCAGCAAUGGGGACUGGGCCGUUCCCAUGGACGGUCUCACGUAUGACGGCAGAAGGCUGGUGUCAAGGGCAAGCUCGCCUAUAUUGACAACGGGCACUUCGUGA